AUGGUCUUUGCUUUCCCCUUCUCCCUUGAAGCUCAAGCAAAGACAUGGUUUUAUUCGUUACCGGAUGAGAUUGCUACCAAUUGGAAUUUCUUGAGAAGAGAGUUCUUAAAUAAAUUCUUUCCACCAAAGAAGACCGACUACAUCUGGAAGGAGAUUUCGGGUAUAAUGCAAAGAGAUCAAGAGAGUUUGUAUGAAUAUUGGUCUCGAUUCAAGAGGCUACUAGAGUCUUGUCCACACCAUGGAAUGAACACUCACUUGCUCAUUAGCUACUUCACCGGAGGUCUUUGUGUGGAAGAUAGAAGAUUGCUCAUCGCUUCUAGCGGUGGUUCCCUUUCGAAAAACAAGACGGAGGGAGAAGCUUGGAGUUUGAUUGAGGAUGUUGCCGAAGUUACGCAACAUACAAGAGUGAGAAAUAAUCCUCUCAAGGGUGUGGUAGAACCAUCCCCCUCCGAAGCAAGCCUAACCAAAGCACUUGGGGAUAUGACCACCAUUCUCACCCAAAUACAAAAGGAUCAAAAGGAGUUUUACUCCAUCCAAGCCAUCCAAGCCCCACCUCCAGUGGCCCAACUUGAAGGCCCUCCUAGGAUUUGUGGUUUGUGCUCUAGCACCACACAUUACACCAAUCAAUUCCAUCAAAUUCAAGAAGAGCAUGCCCUUGUAGAGGCCAAUGUGAAUUACAACAAUCGUCCACCCUACCCUUCUCAAAGCCAAAACCACUACCUUCAUGGUAGUAAUCAACACCAAGGGUGGAGGGAUAAUACACAAGGGAACAAUCAAAUCCAAAGAUGGAACAAUUCUCCUUCUCAUCACAACAACAAUUACCAAGCCAACCAAAACCAUCACAACCAAAACCAAAAUAACUACACCAAGUACCAAGCACCACACCAUAGACAACAAUCCAACCACACCUCUCCACCUUCCACCAACCAAAUUGAAGAGCUUAAAGCCGCUGUGGAGAAACGGGAUGAGGGCUAUAAAGCUCAAUUCGAGGCUAUGAAUGCUCAAUUGGCCAAUCUUGCCGACAUGAUUUCAAAGAUGUCCAUGUCCCCCUCCAACAAUACCAACCAACCCUCAAGUUCUUCCAACCUUCCAUCCCAACCCCAACCAAACCCAAAGGGUAGUCUCAAUGCCAUCACCCUACGGCCAGGAACUACAUUGGAGGAGAUACCUCCAAGGAUCUUGGAGGACAUUCAUGAGAAAAAAGUAAUUGUUGAAGCUCCAUAUGAAGAGGAGGAGGUAGGCAAGAGGCAUGAGGAGGAAGGAGUAAACCUCAAGGAACCCAAGAGGAAAGCUCUAGUGGAUGAGUCCAUCCCUAUUCCAUUCCCUUACAUGGUGAAGAAAGCAAAGAAGAUGCCAGAAUUUGACAUGAACAUGCAUCAAGUGUUCAAGAAGGUUGAGGUAACCAUACCACUUCUUGAUGCUAUCCAACAAAUUCCAAAGUAUGCAAAAUUCUUGAAAGACUUGUGUACACACAAGGAUAAGAUAGGGGAAUUGGAGACAUUAUCCUUGGGAAGUUCAAUUUUUUCCUUGAUGAAACCUAUACCAAGGAAAUGUGGUAACCCUGGCCUUGUUUGGUGUCUUGUUGUAUUGGUGGACACAUUUUUCAUGAUUGUAUGUGUGAUCUUGGAGCUUGUGUAA